AGGUAACUCGAACACCGGGAAGGAAGAUGGAAAGAAAGACUUCUAAUGAAUCGUGUAUUUUCUGCAAUUUUGCGCAAAAUAAAGACGAAGAAACCACUAUUCUUAAGCAGGAUGAAGAGUUUGUUUGCUUCAGAGACAUUGAUCCUGCUGCUCCUCAGCACUACCUGGUUAUUCCUAGAAACCACAUUGUCAGCUGCAAAUCACUGAACAGAAGCCACAUUGACCUUGUUGAAAGGAUGGCCAAAUUUGGGAAAGAAGUGCUCCUGGACCAGGGGACCACUGAUAUGGAGAAUGUAAGGUUGGGGUUCCAUCAGCCUCCCUUCAUCUCAGUGGAACACCUUCACCUCCAUGUGCUCGCCCCAGCCAGCCAGAUCUCAACUUUAAUGAAGUACAAGUUCACCCCAGGAACUGACCGUUUUAUUGAUGAAAAGUCUCUAAGGGAGCGUUUAAAGACAGUGUCUCCACUUGCCUUUGCACGUUUUAGACAAUAUUUUGGAUUUUAGGUUUUGAAUCCAACAUUUACCCAAAAGGCAAAAUGCCGUAGCUUAAGGAACCUCUAAUGAUCGUGCAGCUGUGUUUAAAAAAAAAAAAAAGAAAAAACUCAGCCUGGAAAGAGACUUUUAACAAGCACUGGCUGUUAAGACAGAAAAGCUCAAUUACAGUGUGCUGUUUUGAACAUUUAUUGUUCAUCCAUCCAUUAUGUAGCACAGAUGUUGCAAGGGGGGCUGGUGUCUCUCUCCAGUGGGAUACACUCCGGACAAAUUGUCGGUCUAUCACAGGGCAACACAGAGACAAACAGGACAAACAACCGUGCACGCGGACGCUCACACUUAAGGAGAAUCCAAAGUGCCCCGGGGAGAACCCACGCAUUUACAGAGAGAACAUGCAAACUAUUCUACCAACUGCACCAGUGUACAACCAACACAUUUAUUUAUUUAUUAUUUUUAAUCAUUUUAUCUUUAUUUUUAGUCACGUUUACAUGUUAAGGAGACGAUAAGCCAAACUGUGGCCUUUAAUGAUCAAUUUUAGAUUGUAUUGUUUACUGAAAUCUAUGUAAAGUGAUUUGUUAUUUUAUAGUUAUUUAUAAUUAAUACCAAAUGAACUGUUAGAUGACUAAUAUAAUCAUUAAAAGGUGAUUUUUCACUUGUUUGAAAAAUGGUCUUGAUAUUUAAAAAAGAUGCAUGCAUCUUUUAAAAUGUGAUUUUUA